UAUUCAACCCAAUUUCUAUUGUCUACUAAAUUUCACAUGUUUAUUAAGGCUACCAAAAAACUUGGCGCAAAACUCAAAAACUCAAUUUCUUUCUUCUCUCUAAUGGCGGAUUUCAAUCCUCCAUCUUUCUCCUUAGGCCUAGAUUUUGAUUUCGAACCCGUAAACCAUAACCACCCGUUAAAUACUCCGACCCAUGAAAAUCCAGUUACACUUGAACCCGGAGAAAAGGAAUUAGAAGAUGAUGUCGAGUUUCAGUUGCGGGUAUCCGAUUCCGAACACGAAUCACCGAAAAAAUUUUCAAGGAAUCGUCUCCGACGUCUCCGUCGUGGUGGGUCUUCUUCCUCUAAGCCAAUUUCCACUCCAAUUAUCAGUUUUGUUGACGAUGAUAUUGAGGAGUUUUCUGAUGAAGAAAAUGCUCGUUUAAAUCAUCUUCAGGCGGCUCAGCAACAUUCUACAUGUUGUAGCUCAAAGUUACCAUUAUCAGGACAUGGGGUUUUGACGAGGCAACAGGAAAGUGUUGUGAAUAAUAAAAAGGUGAAACACGAUUCAAGUUUUCCUUCAACAAGUUUUGGUUCUAGCAAAGGAAAACGAUUGUUUUCUGAUCCCUCGGCAAGUCCCCUUAGAAGGUUUCAGCUGCUUGAUUCGGAAUCAGAUCUCGACGAGCCACCAGAUAAUGUAUACAUAAACCGAAACUCUAAUGGUGCUAACUGUAAUGAUAAGAAAAAUGAUUCCAGCCAUGGAGGCCACGAAGUUCCCCUUGUGAAAAAUAUUGAUUCAUUACCGCCCAUUUCUCAGAAGCAAGAUCUAUGGAAAGAUUUUAGCGUCAAUGAAAAUCAUUCGGUAAAGACCCCUGUGUUCGAUGAAUGCUUUGAAGAAUAUUUCAGAACUUCAAAAUCAACGAAACUUGCGUGUGAUUCUCACAAGUCGUGUUCCAGUGAACAAGGGAAAAGCUUACAUAAUGCCAACAAACAAUUGCAGCAAGGUUUAGGACCUGUUCCUCCAUCUCACUAUUACUUUUAUCAUGAUGAUUUGAGGAUCCAGGAAUUAGUCCGCAGCCGUCUACCUCACUUUUUCCCAUUGAGUUCUGCUGGUGAUGCAAGACACCAGUCACACAAUGCUUCAUCUAUUGAUUACAUGGAUCAAUUUGGUCAGGAGGGCGCUAAACAGCGGAAUGGCAAACAAGUUGCUUCAGAGAAAAGCGCCAAAAAGGGUAGAAAGAAAACAAAGAAGUCUAGUGUAGAAGAUACAUUACUUGAUUCUGGAAACUGGAUAAAUCCUAAACAAACAGCCAACAUGCCAAAAGAUGCUGGCAGGAGAAGGGUUCAUGCUCAUGGACAAUCAGCUGGUCAUUGGAUUACAGCAGAAAAUGGAAAGAAGGUAUAUAUCACUAAAAACGGGCAAGAAUUGAGUGGUUCACUUGCUUACAGACAUUACAUGAAGGAGAGUGGAAAAGGUUUCAAGAAGGCGAAGAAGAAGAUUACUGCAAAGAAAAAAUAAAAGUUGAAGCUGCCGAGCUAGCCAUGUAAAUUUCCGUUUCUGUAUCUCAUUUUCAAUAGUGUUCCUGUGAACAAGAUUUGCAUUCAUCGAAUUCUUGUAGUUUUGGUAUAAUACUUAUGGCUUCCGUUAGUAAGAUUUCGUUGAUUUCCACCA